AGAAGAGUAAUCGUAGGUUAGAAUUACAGCUGAUUGUUUUUUAAUGAAAAAAAUGGUAUUAUUUUUCCGUACCAAAUCAACUAUUAAACUGUAAAUAACGCGAAUCACAAUGAUUAAAGCUAUUUUAGUGUUCAAUAAUCAUGGCAAACCUAGGCUAUCAAAAUUUUAUCAAUACUUUCCAGAAGAUAUGCAACAACAGAUUAUUAAAGAAACGUUUCAGUUAGUUUCAAAAAGAGAUGAUAACGUAUGUAAUUUCUUAGAAGGUGGAAGUCUAAUCGGAGGCAGCGAUUAUAAAUUAAUAUACAGACACUACGCCACAUUAUACUUUGUAUUCUGCGUGGAUUCCUCUGAAAGCGAAUUAGGCAUUUUAGAUCUAAUUCAAGUUUUUGUUGAAACAUUAGACAAAUGUUUCGAAAAUGUAUGUGAACUGGAUUUAAUUUUCCACGUUGAUAAAGUUCAUUACAUACUUAACGAACUCGUUAUGGGUGGGAUGGUAUUAGAAACGAAUAUGACCGAAAUUUUAACAAGGAUAGAGGAUCAAAAUAAAAUGGAAAAACAAGAAGCCGGUAUAGCUGCAGCUCCAGCUCGAGCGGUUUCAGCUGUAAAAAAUAUGAACAUUCCUCAACAGAUAAAGGACAUUAAGCUUCCAGAUAUACCGCAAGCUAUUAAAGAUUUGAAAUUCUGACCUCAAAUAGGAAGACAUUUUCAUAACUCAUUCCUACUUCCCUCCGACUCAAAGUCACUACUUGAAGAAUCUUCUUCUGUUAAAUAUACCUGAUAUAUGUUGUACAGGGUGUCGAAUUAUUUGUUUAAGAUUAAUUAUACAUUUUUUUAUUAAUUGUAAGUGAAUUAAAAUUUAUAAUAUUCAUUUAAUGGAAUUGUAAUAAUAAAUAAUCGUUUAUUUA